AUAAUAAUUUUUUUAAGCUAAAACAAAUGAAGAGUUUGGGAGAGCGCGCACCCGCGGCCAGUAUGGUUUGAAUCUGCGAACAGAACCGAAGAUUUCAGCGAUUGUUCGUGGCAGCCGAUGCGGCCAUGGUGGAGCAGUUCUUCUUCUCCGGCACAGGCGACAUCAAUCUCCACCAAUCAGAUCGCAUCAUGCUUCUCUCCGGGCCUCGUUCCUGCGGGAAGACUUCCUUACUGUUCCAGUUCGCUUUUAACUCCUCAUUAGGGCUCACCUCUUCCAAUCGCAGUCGUCCCGUGGUGUUCGUAUGCAACCGCCGUAGGUUAGAGGCCAAACCUCCUUUCCUCUCCCAGGGCAUUGAUCCAUCUUCUGAUAUCUUCCAGCGUAUACAGAUGAAGUAUGUGGAUAAUGAUGAAGAUCUGAAGAAGUUCUUUGCUGCAUUCCACCUGCACGACCCAUUUCCUGCUGCAGUUAUUGUUGAUGAUUUUGGAGAUUUCUUUCACCAAAGAAAUUGCCAAGAGAGAUACAGUAAUUCUCGUGGAAGAGACUUAGCAAUGGUUCGAACUCUUGCUCUCUGUUGCAAUGCCAUAAUUCACGCCAAUGAAAAGCAGCCUUGCAGGCUUUUGCUCUCUGAUACACACCAUGGUGACUCCCCAAGGUUGUUAUUCAUCUAUAAGAGGUGGAUUCCUUCUAUUUUUACAGUCAAAGGUGAUUGCUCUGGGUCUUUUCUUGUGAAGAACAGCUUCUGCUCAGGGAAUGACCACUCCAAGGGGAUGAAAACUGCAAGGUACUCUGUAGCUGUUCAGUAUUUGGUUUUGGAGGGGAUAACUGAAGACACAGAGACACAGUAUUGCCAUUAGAACUGUUUAAUAUAACCUUUUUUGCCUUUUGGUACUGAAUGCCCUUACAUCUCUCAAAUUCAAUUCCAAAUUUACUCUCGCUGAUUGGGCUGCAUGACUUCUUAAAUUCUGCUUACUCUGUACAUUUAUUUUUCUUGCUUAUGGACUGAAUUCUAGAUUUACAGUAGCGAGUUCAAUUGAGUUUUGGCAAAACAUUUAUUUUGCUCCUUUCUCUA